UGCCCAAGGAAGACUCUAACAUCUCUUCCAUCAUUAGUUGAAUCAUAUCUCGUUUACACUCAUUGAAUAAACGGGAUGUCCGGUUCGGAGGUUGGAGAGUCUUCAAGCCAACAGACAGGCCGGCAAAAUGGCGCGCAAGAGGCUACUGAACGACGACAGAGCCUGGUCUCAGAGAGUUCGCAGACUGCGAGAGAAUACAUUGAGUCUCAACUACAACUCGAAGCCGAUGCGCGCCAAGCGCUUCCUUACUCAUUUGAUUCUUGCACGCAACCUCUAGGUCCGUUGCGCCAGACCCUCUUUGCCUGCCUAACAUGCAACCCUCCUUCGACCAACCCCGAUGAGCCGUCUCGUUCCGCUGCCGUGUGCUACUCCUGCUCUAUCUCCUGCCACGGCGAACAUACAUUGGUGGAACUUUUCAAUAAAAGAAAUUUUGUAUGCGACUGUGGGACUACUCGUUUGCCUUCAACUGCGCCAUGUACUCUCCGAAGUGAUCCCCAGACGGGCGAAAAGGCGGUUCAUUCGCAGGAACCCGCGCCGGGAAAUAGAUACAACAAAAAUUUCCAGAACAGGUUUUGCGGGUGCGGCGAGCUUUACGAUGCGGAUAAGGAAAAGGGUACUAUGUAUCAAUGUCUUGGGCUGGGAACGACUGAAACGGGUGGUUGCGGAGAAGACUGGUGGCAUCCCGAAUGUCUGAUCGGCCUGCCUCGGGACUGGAACGAAACAGUCAAUGGGCAGGCAGCCAACGAUGGGGAAAAAGAAAUCGAAGAGAACGGAAAUGGCAAGGACGAUGGUGAUGACAAUGCAGCAGAAGAAGAAACUCCUCUGCCUCCUGGCUUCCCUGAGGAAGAUGACUUCGCGGCCUUCAUAUGCUACAAAUGUGUGGAGUCAAACCCUUGGCUUAAGCGCUACGCAGGAACACCAGGAUUUCUUCCUCCUGUCUUUAAGGGUGGAGGAUUAGCCAACAAAACCUCUGCUCCUAGUGGUGACACGGCAGCCACAGAUGAACGGCCGAUCUCAAAAAAGCGCAAAGCAGAUGAAGACCAAGAUCCAGAAGACGAACAGGUAUCCAAGAGGCCCAAAGCUGAAAACUCAGACGCUCAGCCUGAUUCAUCCAACGAAACCAAAUCUGAUCCCGGAAACCCAGGCGGACCAAAAUACAAACACGAAUUCCUCCCCUCCACCGCCCCCUCAGGCGUCUUCUCCCUAUUCCUCAAAGAAGACUUCCGCGACCACCUCUGUCGCUGCCCUACCUGCUUCCCAAACCUCGCCAGCCACCCCCAACUUCGCGAAGAAGAAGACACCUACGAACCCCCACUAUCCGACGACGGCAAUGAGCCCAACGGCGGCGGGAGCACAGGGACUGGAAGCCUUCUCGAGCGUGGCGAAGCGGCACUGAGCAAUAUAGACCGUAUCCGAGCCAUUGAGGGUGCAAUGGUCUACAACCAUCUCCGGGAUAAGGUGAAGGAGUUCCUCAAGCCGUACGCGGAAAGCGGCAAGCCUGUCAGUGCGGAGGAUAUCAAGUCUUAUUUUGAGCAGCUUCGUGGUGAUUAUCAGGAGAUUAGUAAGGCUGGUAAUGACGGUAAUGAAUGAGUGGAUGAAUUAAUGAAUGCUGCUGCCGGUUGUUGGUAGCAGGUGAAAAUGAAAUGGUGUUUUUGUUGCUGCUGCUAAGGUUCAGAAUAGGCAGCUUUCAUUGUUUACAUGGGUCGGAUCUUUGGUAUGGGAAACAGCGCAAUUAAUCGUUUUAAAUAAUAAUGGUCUUUAUGCUGGAGGAUACCAUAAAAUUGUUUGACGGUUUCUAUGAGUGGAGGUGCGUUUGGUUGUUUUUAGGCGUACUCUAAUUGAUAUUCGGGUUAUAGGAUGGUUAUACUACCAAUGUUGAAGGCCUUCCCUUUCCGUUUU